AAACCACAAACUGAAAAUUUGUUUAUUAGCCAGCUAGCUAGCUAGUUAGAUAGUUUUGUGAUACUGUGAAAUCGACAUGAAAAACACAGUAUUUCGUCGUUUUAAAUAGAGUAGCUGGCUUGCUCGUUGGAGAAACCAGCUUUAUAAUGUUUUGUAAAGGAUCCUCAGCUCUGUGAAGUGGGAGCGACUCCAGUGCACUGGAAGAAGGAGGGAGCGUUAGUCUGGGGAGAUGGAGGAGUUCAGGCAGACGUACUUGCGCUUGUGUAAAGAUGCCGGUUUGGAGCCGCAGGAGUCGGUGCUGACCCAGCUGCAGGAAGUGCGGGGCGCUGGGGGAAGCACGCGACUGGACCUGGCGGGGCACAGCCUCUCCGCGGACACAUGCGCCGUGCUGGGCAGGGUGCUGCACCAGGACACACUUUUCACGGAAGUGGUGCUCAGUGACUGCAUGCUCAGCGAGGAAGGUGCCAAACUACUGUUGAAUGGGCUGUGUUCCAACACAACUGUUAAAGUGCUGGAUCUGAAGGGUAACAACUUGAGAGGGUCAGGAGCUGAAACUCUGGGGAAACUGUUAGUCCGCAACAAGACAUUGCGAAGACUGAUCCUGGAAUGGAAUGCCCUGGGGGUGUGGGAUGAGGCCUUUUCCAUUUUCUGCGAAGGUCUGGGCUCCAAUGGCUGCCUUACACAGCUCGACCUGCGUAAUAACCAGAUUAACCACCAGGGGGCAGCAGAGCUCUCUCUGGCUCUGAAACGAAACGGCACUCUUCAGGAACUUGAUCUGAGGUGGAACAACAUCGGGCUUCUGGGGGGCCGCUCCAUCCUGGAGGCUUUGCAGCAGAAUCGCAUCCUGUUGCAGCUGCAUAUGGCAGGGAACAACAUCCCCAGUGACACCCUCAAGGCCCUUGAGCAGUCCAUGGGCCAUAACUCGGACCGGCAGUCCACCCUGAGGGAGAGCCGCUGCAGGAGCCAGGUGCUCACCAAGGAGAUCCAGAACCUGAAGAACGAGAAGGGCCGACAGUUUAUAUCUCUAAUGGAUACCAUCGACCAACAGAGAGAGGAAAUGGGGCGGGUCAGUAGAACGUCCUCUGUGCGUGCCGGCCAUCUUCAGGAUGCUCUGAGCGAGAGGAAGUCAGCGGUGAACUCCCUCACAGCCAAGCUGGCGAUGACCGAGGCGGCUCUGGCGAUGUCAGAGCAGAAGGCCCACAACCUGGGCGAGCUCCUCACCAGGAUGAAGAUGGAGAAAGGAGAGCAGCAGGAGCGCUACUCACGGGAGAUGAAGAAAGAGCAGGAGGACAGUGUGCUGAGGGAAGGGAAGCUCCUCCGGGAGGUGCACACCACGGUCGAGAAAAACCUGCAACUGAAGAGCAAGGUUGAAGAGAUGGAGCGCAGGUGCAAGGCACAGCAGGACCAGAUUUUUGAGCUGAAGCAGGAACUGGCCAACACCACAGCUGAGCUGAAACUGCGUCUGGCACAGGCAGAGGAGCGUUUAGAGAUGGAGAAGAAGAGAUCCAAACAUGCCCUGGAUGACUUGGACACUUUGCGGCAGAAGGAGGUGGAUCAUAUGAAUCGUCAUCUGGAGGAGAGUGAGAGAUCCCUGCAGGACCGUAUUCUCAAACUGGAGGGGCAGCGCAUUCAGCUGGAGGAGGAGCUGAGCCGGACGAAGGCAGCGGGCGUGACGGAGCGUGCCCAGGCCGAGGAGGAGCUGGGGAAGGUGCGCGCGCAGGUGCGCCUGGAGGAGCAGCAGCGCCUGAGCGGGAUGGAGGAGAAGCUGCGGGCCACGCGCCAGUCGCGGGACGAGUCCCAGACCCACUGCUCCCAGCAGAAGCAGGCCAUCGCCGAGCUGCAGGCCAAGAACGGCCAGCAGAGCCUGGAGAUGGAGGGGCUGAGGCGCAGGAUCCAGGAGCUCCAGCAGGAGCUGAGCGGGAAGGACCAGGAGAAGGUGGCGGAGGUGAGCCGGGUCCGUGUGGAACUCCAGGAGCAGAUCGGACACCUGGAGGCGGAGAGGACGGCCCAGGGGGGGCUGAAGGAGAAGAUCGCGGCUCUGGAGAGAGAGAUGAAAGUGUUGGGCAGUAACCACCGGGAGGCCAUUUUGGACAAGGAGAGCGAGAUUUCCUCUCUGUUUGAGAAGCUGCGUCUACGGGAGGCCGAGAUUCAGCGCAUGCGUGAGGACGAGGCUCAGAGGGCCAGCUUCCUGCAAAACGCCAUCCUCACCUACGUGCAGGGGUCUCCACUGGGCCACUACAGCCCUAAGAAAUGAGCCGGGCCCCGCACAGCCACCGUCUGCUCACCAGGCCUAAAAGGCCCCAAUCUCAGAGCAGUUUCCCAGAAAACCGUCUUCUGACCUAUCAGCAAUAAAGCACUUGGGCUCUAAAGAACUAUCUGCCGCAACUGUGUUCAUCAACAGAAAAGAUCUGCUGAUGUUUAUCAAUCACGUGUCACCACAUGUAUUUUUCCAAAUGAAAUUAUCCACAGUUAUUUUUGUUGUUAUUUAUUUUUCCAUUCCAUAAAGGUGCUGAUCAAUGGGAUUGUGGUGCAAAGUAACUUUUAUUUUCCCUUGCAGGUUGAACUUGCAUUUGAGUCGUGAUUAAGGAUGAAAGAAUCCUAAUAGGCAGUUGUAAUACAGAAUUAUACUGAUUUCAGUAUAAAAUUUUUUUACAGUCGCUUAUAAUUUGCGCAUGCUAUUUAACUGUGAAAGUGCUUCCCAGUUUUGCAGGUAUCGCACUGCUAAACUCAUUUUUUAUUUAAGUAAUUUAUCAUCACUUAUCAAAUCACUCUUUGCAGAUGAAUCUUUUAGAUUAUAUUGUCAUUCCAGUAAUUUAGGGCUGAGGCCUUUUAAGGUCUUUUUCUUACUGUAGGUAUUUUUGGUCUGCAUUUGCAGCCAUUCCAACUUUAUCCUUUCAGCUUUUUAAAUGAGUGAAACUUAUAGUUACACAUGCAAUAUCUGAUAAUGCAAUAAUUCAAACGCGUUUUAAAAUCGGCCUUAUUUCUCCCGCUCUAAAACAGUACAAAUUCCAUUGGAAUUUUUAAAGUGUUCCUGUGUGUAUUCUCUUGAACAUUGUAUACAUUAAGCUGAAGUGUGUUUCCUGAAAGUCAAUUUUGUGUUUCCUGAAAGUUACGUUUUUUUUUAAGUGCAAAUUAAAUUAACGUGAUCCAUUGUUUGGUAUUUCAAUUGUGUAAUAUUUACUUUUGCAGUAUUGUUGUAACGUUGUAAUUGUUUUAUACGUAAUAAAGACUACUUGAAUUUGGAAA